AUGUUUUCCAUGAGAAUCUUCUGCCUAGUCCUGAGCGUGGUGGGAACAAUUUGGACUGCAGAGAACGAUCAAGGUGAAUUUAUAGCUGAAGGAGGAGGUGUGCGUGGCCCCAGACUUGUGGAAAGACAUCAAUCUGCCUGCAAAGAAACAGACUGGCCCUUCUGCUCUGAUGAAGACUGGAGCCAAAAAUGCCCUUCUGGCUGCAGGAUGCAAGGGUUGAUUGAUGAAGUCAAUCUGGAUUUUACAAACAGAAUAAAUAAGCUCAAAAAUGCACUAUUGAAUUAUCAGAAGAACAAUAAGGACUCUUCCUCAGUAACCAGGAACAUAAUGGAAAUUUUGAGAGGAGAUUUUGCCAGCGGCAACCACAAUGAUAAUACAUAUAACCAAGUAUCGGAAGACUUGAGAAGCAGAAUUGAAGUUCUGAGGCGCAAAGUCACGGAACAAGUACAGCACAUCCAGCUUCUGCAGAACAAUGUCAGGGCUCAGCUGGUAGACAUGAAACGACUGGAGGUGGACAUCGAUAUUAAGAUCCGAUCUUGCCAAGGAUCGUGCAGUAGGGCUGUAGUGCGUCAGAUAGAUUUACAGGAUUAUAAAGAUCAGCAGAAGCAACUUGAACAAGUCAUUGCCAAAGACUUACUUCCCCCUAGAGACAAGCAGUACUUACCAGUGUUAAAGAUGAGCCCGGCUUUAGACUUGGUUCCUGGAGAGUUCAAGAGUCAGAUUCAGAAAGCCCCUCCAGAGUGGAGAGCACUAACGGAAAUGAAGCAGAUGAAAAUGGUGUUGGAGAGGUCCAGAGAAGAGGGGAGUGUCCACGGAGACUCUGCCUCUCACGGAACAGGCUUUGCGCCUGAAACACCCAGGAAACCUAGACCUGAUAGUACUGGCAAUCGGAACCCUAGUGGAGCUGGCAACUGGAACCCUGGUGGAGCUGGCAACUGGGAGUCUGGGAGCUCCGGAUCUAGUGGUACUAGCACUUGGAGCCAUGGAAAUCCUGCGUCUGGAAAUUUGAGACCAGAUAACUCAGGGCAUGGAAUCGCCAGGCCUUCCAACCCAGACUGGGGCACAUUUGAAGAGACUUCAGAAAGUUCAAGUAUAGGGUCAAAGAAAGAGUACCAUACAGGUAAACUGGUCACUUCUGAAGGAGGUAAAGAGCUUCUGAUUGGUAAUGAGAAGGUCAUCUCUGGUGGUGGCCCGACCGCCAGUCGUCAUUCAUGCUCUAAAACCAUUACUAAGACUGUUGUAGGUGCUGAUGGUCGCAGAGUGGUGACAAAAGAAGUGGUAAACUCUGAAGAUGGUUCUGACUGUGACAUUACAACUGACUCAGACUCGUUCCAUACUUUCUCUGGCAAGGGUGGCCUAGAUGAGUUCCGUCUUAGGCACCCUGAAGAUGCGGAUUUCUUUGACUUAGGAGAAACUGGCUCUCGCCUCUUUGGUAUACCUGAGUUCCCUCCCGGAGGUAAAACUUCAACUCAUAGCAAACAACUUAUAACCAGUAGCUCAACUUCCAGCAGAGGAGACUCCACGUUUGAAAGCAAGAGCUAUAAAAUGACAGAUGACGGUGAAAGGGAAACACAUCUUGAAGUCAUAGGACCGCGUGGCCUCAAGAAAAGCCGUGUUAAAUCUCGCUCUGUCAGAGACUGUGAUGAUGUCCUCCAAACACAUCCUUCAGGUGCCCAAAGUGGCAUUUUCAAUAUCAAGCUACCGGGAUCCAGUAAGAUUUUUUCUGUUUAUUGCGAUCAAGAGACCGGUUUGGGAGGAUGGCUUUUGAUCCAGCAAAGAAUGGAUGGAUCACUGAAUUUUAACCGGACGUGGCAAGACUACAAGAGAGGUUUCGGCAGCCUGAAUGACAAGGGAGAAGGAGAAUUCUGGCUAGGCAACGAAUAUCUCCACUUACUAACCCUGAGGGGCUCUAUCCUUCGGAUUGAAUUAGAGGAUUGGGCUGGGAACCAGACUUACGCAGAAUAUCACUUCAGGGUAGGCUCUGAGGCAGAAGGCUAUGCCCUGCAGGUCUCCUCCUAUGAGGGCACCGCGGGUGAUGCUCUGGUGGAGGGUUCCGUGGAGGAAGGGUCAGAGUACACUUCUCACGUUGGCAUGCAGUUCAGCACCUUUGACAGGGAUGCUGACCAGUGGGACGAGAACUGUGCAGAAGUCUAUGGGGGAGGUUGGUGGUACAACAACUGCCAAGCAGCCAAUCUCAAUGGCAUCUAUUACCCUGGCGGCUUCUAUGACCCAAGGAACAACAGUCAUGAGAUGGAGAAUGGAGUGGUCUGGGUUCCCUUUAGAGGAGCAGAUUACUCCCUUAGGGCCGUUCACAUGAAAAUCAGGCCCCUGGUGACCCAGUAG